AUGAUGCUCCGGAUGACCGUGGCCUCGGAGGACCCACGGGUAAUCCAGUCAAGAGAAGACAUCAACAGGUUACUUGGCCUGCCAAGGCUCACGGUGAUCCAGCCGCCUGCGGCAGAGCCGGUUUUUGUCGAGACUCCAGACGGGUCCGGCCGCUACCAGGGCUUGUUUGGAGCCCCGAUGAAGCAGGACGCCGAUGGGGACUACGCCCACGAGUUCUGGGAAGAGAACAAGGAAGGGCACUUGGUGCUCGUCGCUCCCAACAGUGCGCCUGGGCAGCUGGAGGCUAAUCUUUUCUCCCUGGCGCUGAUUCUCUCCGAAGAUGAGAAGUCGAGCAACAGCACGGCUGCAAGUGCAUUAGGCGCUGGUUACCAACCAAAGAAGGAUCUGGCGCUGGGCCUCGGCCUGGAUUUUAAGGCGUCCGCCAUGUUGCAGCUGCGAAAGAACAAGAUUGUGACCCAAGUGUCGAAAGGCCAAGUCGAGAUUCGGCAGAUGGAGGUCGACUGGUACUGUGGCAACUACCAGACCAUCUCCGGUCAGGCUGCCAUGCUGGCCGGUUUUGCCUUCAACUUCCUCACAGCACCCAUGCCCAAGGACAAAGAGCCUUGCAUCUGGUUGGAGUUUUUCUACUUCUUCUGUGUGAGCACCGCUAUGGGGGCAGAGUUGGGUGUCAUCGUCAUUUCCAGCUACCUCUCUGUCUGGGCACCAUCCUUGGCCCUGCGUGGGAAGCGCGGAGCAGUUGACUUGCACAAGGCAUGUGACACGCUGCGAGACUACCAAGCGCUGGUGUUCUCGUGCUUCAUGUGUGGAUGGAUAGUGCACUUCAUUGCUAGCAUCCUCCAGGUCUGGAUCUUCUACAAGAGCUCCAUUGCAGCCUUCGUCUCCAUUCCCUUCCUCUUCUUCACGCUGGCCAUCAUAUGGUAUCUCAUCGACCUCCGGCGCAAGCUCAGCUUGGCAGAGAGCGAGGUGGUCACUGGGAAAAUAUCCCAAUUCCAGCCUUACGAGCAGAUUGGGGACCUAGACCAUGGUCUGCAGGCAGGCGGCCAAUCCACGCGGGCCGGCGGAACUCGCGGCACAUAUUGCCGUGUCCGGCAGGAUGCGCCCGGGGACUUCGAGCCAAGGUCCAGCGCGAGUCCUACAUGA